CUCAAGGAUUGACCAGUUGGUCAUCGAAGCUGUCACAUGACCCGGAGAUUGGAGAUAGCCGCCGACAUGUGGCCUAGCCGCAUCUGGAAAGGCGUGGGGACGCCUCUCGCUCUUAUCUCGUUCCGGUCCCGGCUGGAUCGGCGUCAUCCUACAACCUAGGUACCGGCCAUCUUAACCCGCUGAAACCUAUUCCUCCACUGGUUGGACACCAUCGCUACGGAUCAUGAGUGGGUUCAAAGGGGUUAUGAAAGAGGGCUGGCACCCCAAGGGCCGAGACGGCAAGAAGGAGAGCUGGCGGAACGACUUCAAAGGCAUCAAUCAAGUGGCAGGAUGGAUGGGGAAGGGAAAAGACAAGGAUGACGGUCGCGAAGAACAUGUCGCCAGACCUCUCUCUUCGCUCAAGGACCCGGCAUCUUUUGGACCACCUCCGAAACACAUCAAGUACCAUGGCGCUGCAGCUCUGCCCAACGAGGUGACCCCAGACCGGAGAGGGCUAGGUGCUCCGCUGUCACAGGAGCAGAUAGCCCAGCAGCAACAAGAAGAGCAAAGCCAGGAGGAAGAGGGUCAAAAGCCGGCGCCUCCACCGGUGCCAUACCGUGCGAACCGGACGGGUCUAGAUACCACCAACCUUCCGCCACCCCCAGUCAGACGCAUGGAUUCUCCGGCAGAUCGCACACCACCUCCAGCUCUUGGGCCAAAACCAAGUCUUCCACCUAGCCUUCCGCCUAGACUCCCUUCACGAAACACUUCCACCCCAUCCCCGCAUCCGCCUACCCCACCCCCAGCUUACUCUCCACACUCCCAAACACCCUCCCAAGCCGAGGGAUACUUGAACCAGGAUGCUACAUCCCGUCUUGCCCAGGCUGGUGUCUCCGUACCUGCUCUUGGAAUAGGGAACAACAGCAGCCACGGGAAGCGAGAUAGCAAUCCUGCAUCUCCAACUGUUGCAGGUUCCGUCGGUCAAGCUCCAGUGAACGAACUGCAAAGCCGCUUUUCGCAUCUGAGGACCGCCUCGUCGAAUUCUCCGGCCCCUGCACCUCCCCCGCCGGCUCGAACAAACACAAACGGCAGUGAACCAUCAUUUGUAUCCACGUCCGAUCCCAGGAGUGGUUCGUCUACAAUCAACGAUUUUCGGGAGCGACACAGUGAUAAGAUUCAAGCGGGAAAGCAGAAGUUGAAUGGACUGAAUGAGAAGUACGGAAUCUCCCAGCGAGUCAACAAAUUUAUCGACGACCAGAAGGCUCCCAAAGAUCAAGCACCUCCAGUGCCACCGCACCCGAACGCAAAUCGUUCCACGUCCAGCAUUGACACGGAUACAUUGGGUAGAAAGAAGGCCCCGCCACCACCACCACCUCCUCCGAAGAAGGCAGGAAUGCGUUCUACUCCUGUCGGCGGAACAGCUUCGACGCCGCCGCCGCUUCCACUGAGCACCAAACCCCGUUGAGCGGAGGUCUGAGCUGAUGUGUCCGUCAGCAUGUAUCAUUAGCAUCUGUAUUGUUGCAUAGCCUUUGUUCCAUGUAUAUUGCUAUCACCGUACAUAUCCUGCAGGGAACACUAUAGCUGUUGUUGGCAACCACUCCCCCGGAAUUGCAUACAGGGUACGGAGUAUGGUGACCCCGAAUCGCACCAUUCUAGAAUGACUUCAUUAGUACUCUGUCCAACCUGGUUCAUGGCAGCCACUACGCUAGGAACUGCCCGAGAGGAC